GACGACUAUAUUGGCGGCCGGAUCAAUGGCGUGGGGAGCAACGGAACACACGAGAGAAUGAACUGACGGUGCUAGCUAGCUAGCUAGCUCUUGGUGCACUGGAACCCACGAUGGAUCUUGACAAGACGAACACGGUGGGCGGCGACGGCGCGGCGAACGGGCCGGACCUAGAGCAGGCUCGCCGCGGCCAGGAGUCGGCGCCGGCUGCCGGACACGCCACCAAGGGCCUAGCCGUUGGCCACCUCAUCCGGGAGCUGUUGCUGGAGGGCGUGGCGACGUUCCUGAUGGUGUUCUGGUCGUGCGUGGCGGCGCUGAUGCAGGAGAUGCACCACGGCCUCACCUUCCCCACCGUCUGCCUCGUCGUCGCCCUCACCGUCGCCUUCGUGCUCGGCUGGAUGGGCCCCGCGCACCUCAACCCCGCCGUCACCCUCACCUUCGCCGCCUUCCGCUACUUCCCCUGGCGCAAGCUCCCGCUCUACGUCGCCACGCAGAUCGGCGCCUCCGUGCUCGCCUGCCUCUCCGUCAACGCCAUCAUGAGGCCGCACGACGACAACUUCUACGGCACCGUGCCCAGGCCCCCCGAGGCCGGCGCCCGGCUCCCCUUCCUCCUCGAGCUCCUCGCCUCCGCCGUGCUCAUGAUCGUCAUCUCCACCGUCGCCACAAGCAACGCCAGCAAGGCGGUGGUAGGGAUCGCCAUCGGGGCGACGGUCGGGACGCUGGGCCUGGUCAUCGGGCCCGUGUCGGGAGGCUCGAUGAAUCCGGCAAGGAGCCUGGGCCCGGCGAUCGUCUUCGGGCGCUACACAUCCAUCUGGAUCUACGUCGUCGCUCCCGUCGCCGGCAUGCUGCUCGGUGCGCUCUUCAACAAGACCGUCCGGCAGUCCGACGCGAUUGUGGGCUUCCUCUGCGGCGGUAGGGGCGCGUCCAGCAGGGUGGUCGUCGUUGGCCGGUCCGUCACCGGAGCACCUGGAACGAACUAGCCAGCCAGCUAGCUGUUCGGAAGUGGCAUCGGUUGCUGUAGUCCACUUGUAAGAGCAUGGAUGGUGUAAAAUACAUCACCAAAAAGCACUAAAUGUAUAACUUUACUACAUCGUCUCAAAAAACUUUCGUCUCCAA